GGUUUGUUUUCGACGGAAGAACUGUCAAGCAAAUUCAACGGCCAAAAAUUAAUAAACAGACGAAUUCCUGCACAUAUUUCAUCAAAAAACCCCCAAAAGAUCUAAUUUAAAGGACAAAAACGUAUAAAAUACCGAGAUGGUUGAUCGCAAACCUGAAGUUCAACUCCAAAACCCUCCCACAGACGCAAUUUCUUCCGUGAAAUUCGCUCCUCAGACAAGUCAAUAUCUAAUUGUCUCAUCAUGGGAUUGCACGGUCCGUUUAUAUGACACAGUCAACAACAAACUGCACCAAAAGUACAUGCACGAUGCCCCCGUGCUAGAUGUCGCCUUUCAAGACAGCAUUCACACAAUUAGUGGCGGUCUGGACAACCAAGUGAAGCUUUACGACUUGAAUUCGCACGCGGAAAGUAUUCUCGGGACGCACGAAGAGCCCGUAAAGUGUGUGGAAUACGCGCGUCUCGUAAAUGGCAUUCUCACGGGCAGUUGGGAUCGCACUGUCAAGCUCUGGGAUACGCGAGAACGGAACUGCGUCGGGCAUUACGAGCAAAAUAAUGGAAAAGUGUACUCGAUGAACUGCAUAGAUGAGAAAUUGGUCGUUGCGACGUCAGAUCGGAAGGUUUUGGUCUGGGAUUUACGAAAUAUGUCGCAAUAUUUGAUGCGACGUGAGAGUUCGUUGAAGUAUCAGACCCGCGCGAUUCGUUGUUUCCCCAACAAGGAAGGCUAUGUAAUGAGUUCGAUCGAAGGACGCGUCGCUGUCGAGUAUUUUGACUCGGAUCCGGAGGUACAAGCGAAGAAAUUUGCCUUUAAGUGUCAUCGCGUGAAGGAAAAUAACAUGGAAUUAAUUUAUCCCGUGAACGCAAUUAGUUUCCAUAAUGUCUAUAAUACGUUCGCCACAGGCGGUUCUGAUGGUUUAGUGAACAUUUGGGAUGGAUUUAACAAGAAACGCUUAUGCCAAUUUCAUCAAUAUGACACGUCGAUUGCUGCGUUGUCCUUUAAUCAUGACGGCUCGAUGUUGGCAAUUGCCUGCUCGUACAUGGAUGAGUUGGAAAAACCUCCGAAUUCGAUCCCGAAUCCUUCAAUUUACGUUCGAUAUGUGCAUGAACAAGAAUCCAAACCGAAAUAAUCAAAAAAGGGUCGUUAUAGACUCUAGUAUUCUAUGCUUUCGUUCUAAAUCUGUAAAAAUAAAUUCAUUCUUAACUUAA